CUUGCUCUAUCAGGAACACGAAAGGGCGUGUCGGUGGCUGGGCAGCAAACCAGGAGACAGAGUCCUAUCCUGCCUGGGCCUGAACUCCAGGGAGGAGCAUGCAGACAGAGGAAGGCAAAACAGCUGAGAUCAUUUCCGAGGCAGGUCUGGAGACGGGCAGGAAGACUGGAGAGAUCUUCUGCAGUGGGGGGCACAGCCGAAGCCCCUGGAGGAGCCUUCGCUGGGGACGGAUGAGAAAGCUGGAGCGGGGAGGCAGGUAGCCCCUCACCUGCUGCCGCCACCCUGCAGCCUCCGACCCCUGCCUCUUCCACCGCAGGGUCCUCAUGGAGACAAGUCGUGGGAGUGGCUUGGUGGGGGUCCUGAAUGGCCUGGCAGCUCAACUGGGAGAGCCCCCAACUGUAGACACGGGCUUGGAGGAGGACCUGGAAGAGGACGGCCGGGAGAGGCGGCCAGUGGCCCAGUGGACUGUCUCAGAGGUCUGCUCCUGGCUGAGCCGAGGGUCCCUGGGGGCUCUGGGGAAGCCCCUCCUGGAAGCGGCGCACAGCCACGCCAUCUCCGGAAAGGCCCUGCUGCGUCUGACGGACGAGACGCUCGAGCGCAUGGGGGUCGCGCCCUGGAGCCUGCGGCAGGAGCUGCUGCGCCAAGUCUUGCACCUCCGCAUUCAGCAGGAGAUGAAGGACUUGCUGGACAUUACAGGAGCGUGAUCGAGGGAGGCCCGCUGUCAAGGGAGCUGCUCCGUCUGGGAUGCAAAAAAGGAAUUGGCCGCAACUGGACCUCCGAGCAGGACGGUGGAGCCCAAAGCCCAAUGCCAGGCCAGGCUUCAAGGACCGCAGCAUAGAAGGAGCUGCUUUGCAGUUUGG